CCAACGUGAUGCUGUGGUUCGCAGUGAUUGUGUAAAUUACGUGGGGUCUGUUGCACUUACUAGUUCUUGAUAAUGGUUUAUUCCAGCCACCAAAGUCGUACAAUUAAAUCCAGUGGGAGUUUUGGAAGAAAACGGGUUUAUUUUAAAUCCGGUUCCUGUGUUCUUUUCCCUGAUUAAACAGCGGCUCGUGUUUCUCCACCUGCUGGAUCACACGACGACCAACGGCAGGAAAAGUUGGGUGGAAGUUUUUCCGUUCACUGGAAUUCGCACGAACAAAACCCGAAUACAACAAAAACGAGCAGAAAGUUCAUUCUUCGUUUCUCUCCACGGCGCUGAAAGAUAAUAAGUAAAUAAGUUGAGUACUUAAAUACUCAGCUAUAUGGCUAGAAGAAAUGUGGACCGCAAACUAUCCGUCAUCACAGACCGAAACGGACCAUUUUGACCUGUUUCCGCCUUUCGCAAAGCGAUCAAAGGAAGUGACUCGUUCCAGUGAGGAGGCCGUGUUACCGGUGCAGCCUCCGUAUGGAGAGACUUUCUGGAAGACAGCUGCGCCAGUAUCAUGCGAGGACUUCACUUACGAACCCUUAUUUUCUUCAGCCCUCUACUCCAGUUCACCUGUUGGCAUAGUGAGCAGACAAAAAAGAGUGAGUUCGGGCCUGACUCAUGAGAAUCUGCCGCAUCCUUCGCAGCUGAUGUGCAGAAUGAGAAGAUAUCAAAGACUGCAGAAACACACUCCAAGAGUUCUGCAACAUAUAGGAGAACUCAGGAUGAAACAGCGCCAUAUAAAUGAGCUGAAGGGGGACAGAUGGUGGGGUGCCACAGCUGUGCCCAGGCCAGAGGACGGCCACGGCUCACAGAAACUACCUGAGGGUGGAGAUGAGCAGCUUCUCUGUCCUGCAGCUGGUGUUAGCAUCGGCGCUAUGCUAAUGGACAAUCCUGAUGUGGCCGUGACAAUGCCUUAUGAAACUGCUUCCUCGCCGACUCUUCUGUUCUCAUUUACAGAAUACGAGCAGUUUCGUGACCUUGCUCCAGGAGGGAACCCCAUGAUGGCGUUUGUUUCGGGAACAGCCCAUAGAUCGCUCUUAAUGGCCGAUGAUGUUUGUGUGCGGUGA